AAGUGCGCAUGCGUGAAUCAAAUAUGAAAGUGUAAAAGGUGAAGCUUCAGCGGCACGGAGCGGAGUGGAGCAAACUGAGUUUUCAACCUUCACACGCUACAGAUGAACUGUCACUUCCACUCGUCUUUGUGGUUUCAUAAAAAGUUUUAACAGGCUGAAGAGCAAUCUCACUGGCAUGACAUAUCCGUACAGCUUCAUUCAAGGACGGGAAUAGAAGCCACCACAGCUUCGUAAUCCACACACCCCACUGAGAGAGCGCUACCAUGGUGGGUGAUUAUCCUGAUAGUGUUUGGGCUGCUGCUUGUUGUUGUGCUGCUUGUGAUAAUCUGGUACCAGAGGAAACAAGUUCAUUGCUGCCAAAGAGAUGAACUUGUACAGAGGAGCAGCAGUGGAGCAGGAAGACAUCAGAGCUGGAAUGGUACCUCAGCAACGACUAACCUACGAGAGAACCAAAUGAUGAUGGAGCAGGAGGAGAACCGAAUGAUGUUGGAGCAGGAGGAGAACCGAAUGAUGUUGGAGCAAGAGGAGAACCGAAUGAUGCUGGAGCAGGGGGAGAACCUGAAGCUCAAACAUAAGAAUGGAGUAACAGAGGGAAGAGAUUUAUAACUUCAUGCAGCAUGUCUGGAUUAUUUUCUGUUUUGCAUCGUUGUUUCUGCUCUGACUUUCUCCAGAAGUGUUCAGGUUUGUGAACCUUGAAAGCUCAUGUUUUUCCCACCUGUCUGUUGUGAUUCCUCUCCCUGUGAGCUGCUCCAUGUCAGUCUGAGCUGCUCAGUAACUUUCCCACUAGCUGGGACUGAUCAGUGUUUACUGGGUGUGUCCUCACACACACGUGUUCACUAGCUGGGACUGAUCAGUGUUUACUGGGUGUGUCCUCAUACACACGUGUUCACUAGCUGGGACUGAUCAGUGUUUACUGGGUGUGUCCUCAUACACACGUGUUCACUAGCUGGGACUGAUCAGUGUUUACUGGGUGUGUCCUCACACACACGUGUGAGUCUAGGAAUUGGUGGUACAGCCGGUGGUGUCAUGGAGGAGAUCCACAUCUGCUCCCUGCAGACUCUCCACUGGUGUCCCACAAGGCUCAGUACUUGAUCCUCUCCUGUUCUCCCUCUAUACUCAAUCUCUUGGUGUGGUCAUAUCCUCACAAGGGUUUUCAUACCACUGCUACUGCCACUCAACUCCUCCUCUCCUUCCCUCCCUCAGACAAACAAAUGCAGAAAAACACAAAUAAACUUGUAUGUUUUUAUUUUGGGAAAUAAUUUUUGCUGGGGCUUUUUACUAGGAACAUCAGAAAAUAUUUAAAACAUUUAUCCUUUUAUUUAAUGUUAUACUUUACUCUGUCUUUAUUCAAAUGUAGAUUAAGUCUGCAGCUGCUUCAUUAUUGCAUCUGUAAAAGAAGCAGAAUUUGUCCUGCAGGACUCCAGUGGGUUUCUGUUCUUAGAGGUAUGAAUCUCUCUGGAUAAGAGUCUCUGCUAAACACUAGAAAUGUAAAUCAGUCAGAUACCUCCUGACCUCCACUGUGCUUUCAGCACUGGCACUUUGGACCUGCUGAGUUUUAUUAAAGCCAACACAAGAUUUCAGACUGUGAUGUUAUUUCACCUGUGCUGUGAGAUCACAUCUGAUAUAAACCCAGACUGGCCAGAUUUCACUCAGUUCAAUUUUAUUUAUAUAGUGAUUUUUAACGAUGGACAUUGUGCUAAAGCAGCUUUACAGAAAUGCAGGUCUGGUUUUAGAUCCUUAAUGAACAAGCCAGAGGAGACAGUGGUGAAGGAAAACCCCCUGAGACAACAUGAGGAAGAAACCUUGAGAGGAACCAGACUCUAAAAGUAAGCCAUCCUCUGUUGGGAGACAGAUGAUCUGAUCAGUGAUCAGCACAUUCACUGGUAAAACUUCGGGUCCACGGGCAGGGCUAGUGCACAGGAAGAGUGUUGAAGUGGAAUUGUGCAUCUACACUGGGACAGAGUCACUCUGAAACAGCACAGCUUUAAAACACCAGCAGAUGGUUGCAGCUGUAGACCGUAAGCUCCAUCACAGCUUAGUGUGAACAUAAACAACUGCUACGUUUGAGUUCACCAACUACUAAAAAAUUAACAGUCCCAGCAAGUACAGUAGCAUACCUAAAAACUUACACCUGCCUGCUAGUAAUGCAGCGUCUGCCCUAAACAAAACUACUCACUAACUCUGUUCAGUGUAAAAAGCGCAGGUUUACUGACUAUACAUACAGUGUUUUAUUUUGUAAGGAGUGUAAUGAUGUCUUUAUGGGGAGAUAUUUUUGUGCUCUCUGAUCACCAGUCAUGGCCAUCUCACUGAAACACACUAUAAUCAUAAUGGAUGAGAGGAUAAACAACAAACAGACUAUUUUUAUAAUCAGGAACCGUAACGAGCUCUGAAGUGACAACGCAAAAUAUCACAGGUCAGAUUGGAGUUUAUUGGUAAGGAACAUCAAAAACCCUGCUUUCGCUUGGAGAUCACGAGUUUAAGUCCCCACAAUGCCACAGCCUUUCGUGGCCGAGAGUACAAGAGGGCUAAACUGGCUGUGCUCUCUGGGUGGGAGGGGCAUACUCUCUCUCCCCUGUCAAUCACAGUGACACUAGCCUAUUGUAGCGCUUUCCUCCGAGUUUGAUCCUGCUCCUGGGUGCCUGUGUGGAGUUUCACUAUAUUUAUCCUAAAUUUCCCCUUUGGGAUGAAUAACGAAUAUCUAUCUGUCUGUCCGUCUAUCUAUCUAUCUGUCUAUCUAAUUAUAUAUCUGUCCAUUCAUCCCUCUAGCUAUCCAGCUAUCUAUCGAACCUCAUGUUUGUCAGUGCUAGAAAAUUUCCAAAUUAGUUUCUGUCACUUAAGAAGACAACUCAGAAAUCUCCAUGGUUACCGCAUGACGCUUGAGAGAUGUUGCCUAAAUGGUUUUCAGCUCACAAGAAGAAUGAAUUUUCAAUGAAUUUUGAGAUAACUGAGGUAACUUAAAUCUGAGACGUGCUAACUGAGCUAAUCUGAGGUAACUGAGAAAAUCUGAGCUAAUCUGAGGUAAAAUCUGAGGUAACUGAGCUAACCAUCAGUCUUAAAGAGCUGAGUACAUAUAAUAUGAAAAAGUGUGGAUUUAAUGUGUAAUGUCACAGACAGGCCAGUAGGGGUCAGUGUUGUCUUUAAUUUACCUGCUGCUGAGGUCUUUGUUCUGGAGUUCAGUAGAUAAACAUGACUACACUGAGGAGAGACAUGUAGCUACUGUAAAUGGCAAUAAAGCCAACUGUUAAAGUGUUAUUUAAAUAAAACAUGCAUUAGUGACUACAGAGAGAUAUUUAAUUAAAUAAAUAACAAAUAAUAAGCCAUAAAGAAAGAGAAUAUUUAUAUGGAACAAGAAGUGAUGAAGAAGUGAUAUUAAUAUCUGAAAGGAAUAAACUGUAUGACUGGCAGCUGAAGUCACUGGAGUCUGAACCACAGAUCAUUACACAUCAGGAGUAACGGUACCGACGUGCACCACGCAGGACUAUACGGGAGUAACGGUACCGACACGCACCACGCGGGACUAUACGGGAGUAAGGGUACCAAUGCACACCACGCAGGACUAUACGGGAGUAACGGUACCGACGCGCACCACGCGGGACUAUACAGGAGUAACGGUACCGACGCGCACCACGCAGGACUAUACAGGAGCAACGGUACCGAUGCGCACCACGCAGGACUAUACAGGAGUAAGGGUACCGACGCACACCACGCAGGACUAUACAGGAGUGACGGUACCGAUGCGCACCACGCAGGACUAUACAGGAGUAAGGGUACCGACGUGCACCACGCGGGACUAUACGGCAAUAACGGUACCGACGCGCACCACACGGGACUAUAGAGGUGUAAGGGUACCGACACGGAACACGCGGGACUAUACGGGAGUAAGGGUACCGACGCGCACCACGGGGGACUAUACGGGAGUAAGGGUACCAACACACACCACGCGGGACUAUACGGGAGUAGGGUUACCGACGCGCACCACGCAGGACUAUACAGGAGUAACGGUACGGACACGCACCACGCAGGACUAUAUGGGAGUAACGGUACCGACGCACACCACGCGGGACUAUACGGGAGUAACGGUACCGACACGCACCACGCGGGACUAUACGGGAGUAACGGUACCGACACGCACCACGCGGGACUAUACGGGAGUAAGGGUACCGACGCGCACCACGCAGGACUAUACGGGAGUAACGGUACCGACGCGCACCACGCGGGACUAUACGGAAGUAACGGUACCGACACGCACCACGCGGGACUAUACGGGAGUAAGGGUACCGAUGCGCACCGCGCGGGACUAUACGGGAAUAACGGUACCGACACACACCACGCAGGACUAUACGGGAGUAAGGGUAUACAAUGUACACUAUACACUAUACAAUGACACGCUCUCUCACGUGCAUUCAGCCCAACCACUGGCCUGCUUCAAGGGCGACUGCACUGUCUGGAUGUAGGAGACUGCUACAGGUGGGAGACUGCUUCAGGUGUCAUCAUGCAGGUGCGCGUUUGCAAAGUUUUAUAAACCUGAUUUUAUUUUUGCGUGCAUGCAGUUUUCUGGGCUUUGUGCAUAUGCACACUUUCACCCUGGCAUCCACACAAAGUUUUAGAAAUGAGGCCCCAGAUCCUGUAAAUUUAUUAUUGACAUCAUUAAAGGAACCAAUAAUCUGCAAA